AUGUCGCUUCCUCCACGCCAGUCGCUCCAUCCUGGAGCCAUGAAUGCUCAUGUAGCAUUGCCGAAUCAGUCGGUCACCGGUCAGAUCAUGGAGCUCGACCAGGCAAUCACACUGACGCUCCAAGAGAUCGACCAGAACUUCGCCACCGCACAUCAGAUCGUCACCUCGCGCAUCCUGCCCGCUGUCAAGGAGUACGGCGUGGCGAGCGCCCGCGUGUGGCAGGGCGCCAAGUUCUGGAAGACCUUCUACGAGGUCGCCGCAAACGUCUCGCUCACAGCACACGUCCAGACCGAGUCCGAGUACGAUGCCAACUCGCAGCACGGCGACGUCACUCGCAGCGCCAACGAUUCGCGGGAGAAUGCCUCCUUCACUUCCGAAGACGACGGUCGCAGCCCGCGUUCCGAGACGGGCUCCAUCAUCUACACGGACGUGGACGCCUCCGCCGUUUCGGAUGCCCGCGACGUCGAUGCCAACGACGCCGCCGACGACAGCGGCCUCGAACAGUUGCCUACCGACCGAGCACGCGUGGCGUCACCCCCUCGCUUCAGCAAUGCAUCCAUGGCAGCAGCUGCUCGCAGGGAAGCCGCUCAGCGCAAGCAGCAAAAGCCGCGAGACCGCGAAGACCAAGAAAACAUGUUCGACCCCGCCGAGUCGCCCUUUGAGCGUCUGCGUCGCGACAUCACCACCAACCUCGGUCGAGACAUGGCCGAGUCGACGCUCGACCAGAGCUCCAUGCUGGCAUCGACAAAGGGCAAUGGCGCCUUUGGAAACGGCGAGACCGAACGUGACCGUGCCGCUCUGGCACAUGGAAUCGAGAACCUCGGUUCGACGCAUGCUGGCCGUGGCGCUCGUCACGUGGACCCCGACAGCUCCAACGCUUCGUCGCUCCACGAUCUCCCACACUUCAAGCCGUCGGCGGCCUCGGCCGGUGGUCGCAUGAAGACGUCGUCGACGCCCAAGAAGGGAGCGCUGCUCAACAAGGUGCUCGACUCGGAGCACAAGCGCAACAAGGGCCGGCUCAGCUACACCAAGAUCCAGGCCACGCCGAGGAGCUCCAAGUCCAAGUCGAAUCCGUUUGCGCCGCCGAGCGUGCGCAUGUGGGACGGCAUCGUAGAUCUGCGCAAGACACCGCUCACCUCCAAGAUCAAGGGUUCCCGCUCGUCCAAGGGCGCGGCGCCGGGGAGCAGCAAGCACGCGUCCAAGGCUAAAUCUGGGCGUGCCGACGACGAUUCGGAGUGGGACUCGGACUCGUCGGACAAGGAUUCGCUCGGAUGGCCCGCCGGCAUGUCGCCUCCUGUGACCAUGCAGUUCUCGGUGCCCCAGAGCCGGUACGCCCAGACGCCUGCCAAGGAGGCGGCCAAGAUGAUGGUCGACGACCUGCUUCGCAGCGUCGGGGCCUCGAGCCCGGCGCCGCGAGCCUGGCCCAAGAGCGCAUCACGAUCGCGCGUCGGUCAUGACGAGGCGCCAUCAGCGAGCUCGCGCAAGCAGCCCGUGUCGACACCGCUGCGCAUGAGCCGCAAGGAGGCCAAGCAGCUCGAGAAGCAGCGUGGCUCCGCCAAACGACGCAACUCGAUUCCCACACCGCCGACCCUCACCAAGCGCGGCAUCAGCGUCGCCCCGGAGACGACGCCGGGCGCGUCUUCGGCCAACGUCAGUUCGGCUGCGCUCUUGAUGGACGCCGACGAGGGGCUGGAGCUCAACGCGGCCGGUGCUGGCGACGAGGCGGGCGAGGUGCAUCGCCGGUUUGGCGGACUCAACCUGCGAGCUGCGGGCAUGCUUCCUGUCGACGAUGACGAAGACGAUGACGAUGAUGACGACGAGUCGUCGGACAGCGAGUCGGAUGAUGGCGGCGAGAGCAUGGCGGGUUCGAUGCUGUCGUCGGCAGCCAAGAUGUCGGCGUCGAGCAACAGCCGGCUGGGCGCAGGCAGCCAGCAGGACAACUCGGGCUGGACCAGCUCCACCAUCUCGUCGUUCAACCAGCCCAAGCAGGCGGGGCGCAGCAUCGAGGACGACACGCUCUUUGGCGUGCGAGACCCGGCGCAGGCGCGCGGCGCCACGGCCGCGCGUGGCGGUUCGGCCGGUGCCCAGACCAAGCCGGCAGGCGCGGGAGCAGGCGACGCGCGCGGCGAAGAGUCGUUCAAGGUCUGGGGCCACGUCGACGAGAUGGGCACCGUUCACGGCGGCAGACCGCUCGUCGACAGGGACGACACCUACUCGGCUCCCAGCCCCACGCCGCUCAACAUGAACCUCGGUGCUACACGACGAUAG